CCUUCGCAUCCAGCGGAGCGGCAGUUGGAGGUUGAGGGUCCGCGCAGAGAGGACACACACUCGGGUAGAAACCAGCCACCAGUGUCGCCGUUACAACACAAGACAACAUGCAGGCGGAUGGCAAGGUGGUUGACGGCAGCCUGCUGGGAGACGCUAAUGGUGUCGAGCCUGCGCCGGGCAGAGGGAAGGAUUCUGGGAAGUGGCAGAAGCCGCGGUUCUCUCGGAAAGCUCUGAUGAAGUGCUGCCUGGUUAAAUGGAUCAUCGCCAGUACACAGCCACAGGACAAAGAUGACAGCAGCGACAGUGACUUGGAGCUGUCGACAGUGCGUCACCAGCCGGAGGGUCUGGACCAGCUGCAGACUCAGACCAAGUUCACAAGGAAGGAGCUUCAGUCCCUUUAUCGAGGCUUCAAGAACGAGUGUCCCAGUGGGCUGGUUGAUGAGGAGACAUUCAAGACCAUCUAUUCUCAGUUCUUUCCCCAAGGAGAUGCAACCACCUACGCUCACUUCCUGUUCAACGCAUUUGACAUCGACAGAAACGGUUCAAUCCACUUUGAGGACUUCGUCAUCGGCCUGUCGGUGUUGCUCAGAGGUUCAGUCACUGAGAAGCUCAACUGGGCCUUCAAUCUCUACGAUAUUAAUAAGGACGGCUACAUCACCAAAGAGGAGAUGCUGGCGAUUAUGAAGUCAAUCUACGACAUGAUGGGCAGAUACACCUACCCCUGUGUGCGAGAUGAAGCGCCCUCUGAACACGUGGACAAGUUCUUCCAGAAAAUGGAUAAAAACCGAGAUGGUGUUGUGACCAUUGAAGAGUUCAUUGAGACCUGUCAGAAGGACGAGAACAUCAUGAACUCCAUGCAGCUGUUUGAGAAUGUGAUAUAAGGACACCCACCUGCACAAAACACAAAAACAAAGCACGCCCACCUGACCCACACCUCAAACUCACCCUGGCACAUAAUGUAGGUACUGUAAAGACACAGGAACUAGAUGUUUUUUUUGUAUUUCUCUCGCUCCUAUAGCUGCAUCUUGUAAACUGCUUCUGGAUUAAAAAAGACUGCUAAAGACAGAAGAAGAGAAGAGCUUCCUGGGUAAAAAUGACCCUUCUGUCCAAUGUGUUUUACGUGUCCUAAAUGAAGAAACAGAAGCGCUCCCUGUGUUUUUAUGGUCAGACAAAAGGAAUCGACAAAGAACGGAAAAGCUUACAAUAAUAAUCCUCUGACCUUUAGCACACAAGGAUACAAGCUUCACUAAUACUCCUUGUCUCUCUCUCAAACACACGCACACACUGUUUCUCUUUUACACACACACAUACACACACACACACACACCCACACACACACACACACCCACACACACGCACACACACACACACACACACACACACACACACACACACACACACACACACACACACACACAAACCUGCUGUUUCCACAAGAGUUUUUAAAGCACCUGAUGAUGUGAACUAAGAGAAUAAAAAUGACAAAGAAAAAAGAAAAAAAGAGAAAUGAUCUGAAGCAUGUUUGUUAUCAAAUGUGAAAUUAGCUUGCACUACACUUUUAUGAUUAUGUAUUAUAUGCGCCUGAAGUAAAGGCACUGUAGAUACCUGCACCUAAUACACCACUGGUGUGUAUGUAUAUAUGUAUAGUUAAUAGUUAUAGAUAGAUAUAUAUCCUACCUUGUAUUGGUCUCAUCUGUGCUGCACUGGGUGAUGGAGCAGGACCAGAACUGAAUAAUUGUUUUAGAAAAUCUCUGUUUAACAUCAUGUUUAUUAGCAGUUCUUCACAGAUUAUUCAAAUAAUUUUUCAUUUUUGUAUUUUGGAAGAUUUUGUUCAGCUGGUCAGAUUGGAAAAGUGAGUGUACGGUAACAAAACUGUUAAAGACGGUUAAAAGUGUGUUCUUAUGCUGAAUUAAGGCUUUAUCUUGGUUCUUCAGUAUCUACGAGCAUGCUGACUCUUAAGUGCCACAGUAUUAUGUUCAGUACAGUAGGACCUUUGUGAUGUUGGUUAAUUAAAGAUGCUGUCAACAGCU